AUGACAACAGCACUAAUCUUCGGCUCCACUGGUGCAGUCGGCUCCCAAAUCCUCGCCACUCUCGUCUCCUCCACAACUUGCACGUCCAUCACAACCAUCUCCCGUCGCGCUCCGCCGACCCAAGAUUCCAAACUUCAGUCCAUCGUCGAAACCGACUCCGCAAAAUGGGGUCCUCUAAUCGCCGCGCUGUCCCCGGUUCCCUCAGUGGUGUUCAACGCAGUCGGCACCACGAUAGGCAGUGCUGGCUCCGUCGCCGCGCAAUGGGCAAUCGACCACGAUUUAUGUGUAGAAAACGCAAAAGUGGCGAAAGCAGCAGGUGUUAAGACGUAUGUGUAUUGUUCGAGCGCAGGGACAAGCGGAGUGCUGAGCCCUUUUGCCCUGACACCAUAUGCGAAAAUGAAGAGGGGGGUGGAGAAGCAUAUUAAGGAGUUUGAGUUUGAGAAUGCGAUUAUUUUGCGGCCUGGAAUGAUUCUAGGAAGGGAGAACCCAAAGAACAAGUGGCUGGAGGAUAUCUUUCAUGGUUUGAAGAAGUUUGGGCAGGGAUUCCAGGAUAAAUGGGCACAAGAUCAGAAAAUUAUUGGGAGGGCGGCAGUGGCUGCUGUGAGGAUGGUGGAAGAAGGAAAGGCUCCCGCGAAGUUUUGGGUGUUGGAACAACGGGAUAUUGUAAGACUAGGCAGAGACGAGUGGAAGGAGUAA